AUGGCCGAGGUUGAGGCGCCCCGUGAUGUCGAGGCUCCUGGGGCUCCUGGGGCCCCUGGGGCUCCUGGGACUCCUGCUCCAUGGAGUCCAGAGAGUUCGGGUCCAUGGAGUCCACAGAGCUCGGACACCAGCAUUGCCAACAAAGCGGAGAAGAACGAAAGUUCCUUCUCCACUUCCUUGCUGAACCUCACCAAGAACAUCAUUGGCGCGGGCCUGCUCUCGUUGCCGCUGGCGGUUCGGGACGCCGGGAUGAUCCCCUACCUUCUGAGCGUCACGUUGCUGGGGGUGCUGAAUGCCUUCACCUUCUUCCUCUUGGGCUGGUGCAGCGCAGUUGUGGGAGCGAGCACCUUCGGGGAGCUUUGUGCCAAGUCCUUUAGUCCCAGGGUUGCCUUGGUGGCGAACCUCGCAGUUCUCCUGAACAACAGCAUGUGCUGCCUGGCCUACUGUGUCCUGAUUGGGGACUUCUUCUCCGAGGCUUUGUCGGGCCUGCUGCCAGGUUGCACCAUCCUCCACGGAAGAGCAGAGAACCUAUGCAUCAUUGGCGCUCUGCUGUUAGUGCCCUUGUCCUUGGUGACGAACCUGGCGCUUCUUCGAUACGCAUCCCUGGCAGGCUUGGGGGUUACGGCCUACGUCUUCGCGCUGCUGCUGAAGGAUUUCGUCACCUUGUCAGACUGGACCACCUCUGGCCCACUCCUGAACAACGUUGCCCCGCUACGACCAGACUUCUUCAAGACAAUGGCACUGAUUGGAAGUGCCUUCAUGGCCCACUACAACGCACCAAAGUACUACGCUCAACUGAAGGACCGGUCGGUUCGGAAGUUCGAGAUGCUGGUCUGCUUGGCAUACGGUCUCGCUUGGCUUGUCUUCGUGGCCUUCGGCAUGUUUGGCUUCGCCCUCUUUGGCUUCCAGGCGGACGGCAACAUCUUGAACAACUACAGCUUCACCCCCGAGGUGUUGGUGGCUUGGCUGAGCAUGGGCUUCUCUGUUGUCUUCACGUACCCCCUGGUCUUUGGCAGCUUUCGGGACUCUUCUGGCUUGCUCCUACGCAAUCUCUUCGAAGUGUCAGAGGACUCCACCCAGUUUCGUGUGGUUUUUACAUGCCUGGGCGUGGCCUUCACCGUCCUUGGGGGCGUUGCCUUCAGUGACGUGGCGCUGGUCAAUGGCCUGAAAGGUGCCAUCCUCAGCCCGUGCCUGGCCUUCAUCUACCCAGCGGCGAUACUUCUCAGGACCCGAAGCAAGUGCAUCGAUGAUAAGGCCCAUGAGUCCCAGGCUCUCAGCUCGCGCCUUUGGCGCCUUUGCUGCUACGGCCUCUUAACCUUCGGCAUUGCAUUCGGGGCCAUGGCCUUGCUGGUCAUGUUUUUGUGCAAGACGGACUUCUCCGCGCUCACAGCGGCCUAUCCCGCGCACAUCUAA